AUGUCUGUUGUGGAUUUUAGUCUAGCGCCGUCAUCGGUCGUUAUUUCUUUAAAGAUGAGCAAGGCUGACGGUCAACUGAGAAAGGUACCGAACGAUGAUACGGGAUUUCUUUUGGCCUCGAUUGGAAGAGAUGUAAUAGAAAUCGAAAAUGACGAGAACGUCAAGUUUUUGUCGGUGGAAAAUCGGGGCUGCAGAUUUCCAUGGGAAAAACCUCCGGAACUGAUUGUGCACAAAUACUACAGCUAUUCGACGUGCGUGGUGCAGUGUCACGCAGACAGUCAUAUCAAACUGUGCAAUUGUACACACCAUUUGAUGCCUGUGUUAAAGACAGUUAACCGACUUCAUGCCAAAGGAUUUGACAAGUCUGGAUUAGUAUGCGAUUGCCUGCCUUCCUGCGUCGAGCCCGAGUACAAAGUAGUAUCUGAUACAAAGGGGAUGGAUUUUGAAGCAUCUCAAGCCAAAGUGAGCACCCAAAUUGUACAAACAUUAAGAGCUGCUUGCAAAAUUUUGGAAACAAAGUGCAGCGAAGAUGAGGAGGCCCUUUGGCUGGGAUAUUUAAAUAAAAACAUUAAAUGCUUCUCCAAAUUAAUAAAAAGGCAUAGGGAUAGCACAGGUACGCAACGUAAUCUAAUAACCAAUUUAGGUCAGCUCAAACAUUGCAGAACAAUACUUAAAUCAAAAAAUGUUGUGGGGGCGGGUUUAAAAGGUAAAAUUAAAAGGAGUAACCGCGUGCAGUGGCAAGAUUUAAACAGUGCCUUUAACUCUCGCCUACGCACAGGAAUUAUAAUUAAUUUAAAGCACAUAGACAUAAAUUGCUUUUUAAACGAUGCAUUUUUUCUUUUUAAAUCCCGGGUGUGCAACAUUUUAAAACAAUUUCCCCUAAUAAAAGUUAACGUUUGCUUUGGGGGAGAAUUUAUUAAAAGGAGCGGAGACCAAAUAAUUAACGAAAUUAAAUAUUUUAAUACCAAAAAUGAAGUAAUUGAUAGUGGGGUUGAUUUAAAAAAAUGGUUUUCUGAAAAUGUUGUUGAUAAAAUUUUGAAUAAAUUGAGUGAAUUUGCCGAGAAGGAUUCAGGGUGGGCUUUGCAUAAAAUCUUAAAUUUGGAAAUCAACAUUAAUAAAUACGAGGUGGGAAACGGUUCGUCUUACAUUAAACUACCUGAACAGAUCGCGAGAAAGCAUGCUUGUGUUAAUGUCAAAAAUUUUGAUAACGGCUGUUUUGGAUGGUCGUUAGUAUCGGCUCUAUUUCCUGCGAAUACCCAUGUAGAUAGAACUUUCUCGUAUCCGUACUAUGGAGAUGUUUUUAAUUUCGCGAAUAUCGAGCUUCCCAUGAAAUUAAAGGACAUUUCAAAAUUCGAAAAAUUAAAUGCUAUAUCCAUAAAUGUUUACGGGCUGGAGCUAAUUGAUUCGGAGAAAGGCUCCAAGUAUAAUACUUUACCUUUGAGGCUUACUCAAAAUAAAUUAGCUCGGCACGUUAAUUUACUUUUAAUUCAAAAUAUUUACUUUCCCAAACAGUCCGAUUGCGAACCAUUUUUGGACGUAGCCGACGACAAUGAAAUAAAGUAUCAUUAUGUUUGGAUUAAAAAUUUAUCUAGACUGGUGGGAGGUCAGCAUACAAAACGAGGACAUACAAUUUUUAUUUGCGAUCGGUGCCUAAAUUAUUUUUCGACUCAAAUUAAAUUAACUGAGCAUGAAGAAUAUUGUCAAAAAUUAAACAAGUGUAAAAUUUCGUUUCCGAAAGAAGAUUUCGUAGAGUUUUUUAAUACAAAAUUUCAGGAAAAAGUACCAUUUGUUAUGUAUGCUGACUUUGAAGCUAUUCUUUUACCGAUUACUGAUAAUGAAAAUCUCACAAAAACAUCCAAAUAUCAACAACAUGAAGCUUUCAGCGCCGCGUAUUAUUUUAAAUGUGACUAUGAUGAUACUUUAUCAUUUUACAAAAGCUAUCGUGGUUUGGGUUGCAUAGAGUGGUUCGCAAAGGAAAUGUCGGAAGUUUCAAAAUUUGUUGAAUUAAAAUUAAAAGGUAACGUACCUAUGGAUAAUAGCGUUGAUUUAAAGGAUGCUACUCCUAUGUGUCACAUUUGUAAUAAACAUUUUAUACAGGGUGAUAUAAUUGUUCGGGAUCAUAAUCAUCUUAAUGGCCAAUUUCGUGGCUACGCUCAUCAGGUUUGCAACCUGAAUUACAAAAAUACAUUUACGGUUCCGGUUGUUUUUCAUAAUUUAACGGGCUACGACUCACAUUUUAUAAUUAAAGAUUUAACCAAUUUUAGUAGAAUCUCUCUCUUACCGAUAAAUAAAGAAAAGUAUAUAUCCUUUACUGUUUACGACAACGAAACAUUUAUAAAAUUCCGCUUUAUCGAUUCAUUUCGUUUUAUGGCCUCUAGUUUAGACAAAUUAGCUUCCUAUUUGACUGAAUUUCAAAAUUUAAAACAUGUAUUUUUAAAUUUAGAUGAUGACAAAUUAAAACUUUUACAGCGUAAGGGCGUUUUUCCUUACGAUUUUGUAGAUUCUUUUGAAAAAUUAGACUUUCCUAGCUUGCCCGAAAAAUCGGCCUUUUACAACAAACUAAAUGAUUGCGAUAUUUCGGAAAAUGAUUAUGCGCAUGCUCAUCACGUUUGGCGUGAAUUCGGUUGUCAAAAUUUGGGCGAAUAUUCAGAUCUUUAUUUAAAAACCGAUAUUCUCUUAUUAACCGAUGUUUUCGAGCAAUUUCGCAACAGUUGCUUUAAAACAUAUGGGCUCGAUCCUGCGCAUUAUUACACUUUGCCCGGUUACACUUGGGAUUGCAUGCUUAAAUUCACCGGUUGUCGUUUGCAAAUACUAAAGGAUGUUGAUAUGCUUUUAUUUAUCGAGCGCGGCAUUCGGGGCGGUGUUUCUCAGUGUUGCAAUCGCUAUGCGGAGGCAAACAACAAAUACAUGGGUGAUACGUACGAUCCAUCAAAAUUAUCUAAAUAUUUAAUGUAUUUUGAUGUCAAUAACCUUUACGGAUGGGCUAUGUGUCAAUAUUUACCCCAUGAUGGGUUCCAAUGGCUCGAAAAUCUCGAUAACUUUGAUGUUUUUGGUGUAUCGGAUGAAUCACCGGUCGGGUAUAUUUUGGAAGUUGAUUUGGAGUAUCCUCAAAAUUUGCACGAUUUACAUAAAGAUUUACCCUUCUGCCCCGAUCAUGUUAAACCACCAAAUUCAAAAUUAUCAAAAUUAAUGACCACCCUUACUAACAAAUCAAAUGAAAUUCGAUUGGAAAUUUCGGGAAAAACUGUGGAUCGUGUAAGAAAUCCUGGAAUUACUACAACCCUUAAGGGAUACACAUCAUUUAAUAAAAAUGAUGUUAAUCGUUUAAAAAAUUCCGGUUGGAAUAUUGAAAGCCCAGAUUGCUUGGUGGACGUAAACGACAUUGCAACCGGAGAAUUUAAUCUAUGCGUACCCUUAAAUAUGAUUUUAGGGUUUGCAGAAGAUUUUAAAAAAAUUAUUAUUAAUUUAAGACAAGAAUUAAUUUUAAUUCGAAGUAAUUCUGAUCAUAAUGCAAUUUAUAAUAGCACUGCCAAUGAAAAAAAUAAAAUAACAAUUAACAAAAUUGUUUGGAAAAUGCCUCAUAUAUCGGUGGCUGAUGUUGAAAACUUAAAACUACUAGAACUUAUUGAAAAUGGAAGAGAAUUGGAAGUGGCUUUCAGAAAUUGGGAAUUAAUAGAAUAUCCUUUGUUGCAAAAAACAAAAAAUCAUACGUGGAAUGUAAAAUCUGCCACGCAAUUGGAAAAACCGCGUUAUGUUAUUGUAGGAUUUCAAACAGAUCGAAAAAAUAAUUUUCAUAAAAAUAGCAGUUUAUUCGAUAAUUGUAAUUUAAAAAAUAUAAAAUUAUAUUUAAAUUCAGAAAUUUACCCCUACGAUAAUUUAAAUAUUGAUUAUGACAAAAAUCAAUAUUCUAUGUUGUAUGAAAUGUACUUGAACUUUCAACAAUCAUAUUAUGAUCGCGAGAAUGAGCCUCUUUUGAAUCCAAAAGAAUAUAAAAGUAUUGCCCCUGUAGUAGUAAUUGAUUGUUCAAGACAAAACGAAAUUCUAAACUCCGGCACUGUAGAAGUUCGCUUGGAAUUCGAAACCACUAAAGACAUGCCAGACAAUACUUCAGCCUUUUGCUUAAUAUUGCACGAUCGCCUUGUAUAUUAUACUCCACUUAGCGGUAUAAUUCGCGAUAUAUAA